AUGAGACCAUCAACAUCCCUCAGUAUUGUCUACUAUGGCCUUACUUCCGCCCUGCAGGCAGCCAACUUCAACGUAUCCAGAGAGUUCGCUGAGGCGAAUGGCUGUGGCGACCAGUGCUACAAGUUGAUACAAUUGGCGAAACAGGUCGAUGUCGGCUUCGUAGGGACUGACUUCGACUUCGACUUCUACGCUACGGCACACAACUUUAGCCGCAACUCCUCCAUCCCUGGCGACCUGCUCAAGUUGGCACCUCUUGACCCUGCGCUACUCGACGUCAAAGCCGGAACCACUGUCUACAGGAUCCAGUACGUUUCACAAGACAUUGACGGCUCCUCGGUCCCUGUCACUGGAUUUGUCGCGCUACCCGUUCACCCACCAAAGAACAAGACGUACCCCCUCACAGCCUUUGCCCACGGAACUGUUGGCGCGUUUCGAGGUUGUGCGCCAUCUUCAGGCCCCUCCCUUUUCGACUAUGAUUCAUGGAAGCUCCUAGUCGACCGUGGAUUUGCUGUGGUGGCGACGGACUACAUACUGCACUUUUCCGCCCAAGCCAACGACGUCUACUACUCCGUUAUCGCUGCUAGGAAGGCGUUCGGCAGCGUUCUGUCCAAUGAAUAA